GGAAGUGUGUUGCAAUAUUUAGAGACGUUCACGGUGCUCCGACGUGACCAAACUGUAAAACAACUUUAGUUUGUUAUUGUCUCUUGUAGUCUCCUUGUGCUUUUUAUUGACAGUUCAGUUGUCUGUUUAAGUAGAUAGGGGGACGUCUUCCCGGGCGACGAAGUUAUCUUAAGUGUAACAGUAAUUGUUAACGGAACUUUCACCGUCAUCUGUUAACGGCUAACGUUAACGUCACUUCUGGAUCAACAGCAGCCCUCCUGUUGUGACAUUUGACAUAACGUUAAUGUCCUACUAGAUGCCUAGAAUGAAUCCACGAACCCUGUCACUGAGAGCCCUGCUGUUACUGGGGCUUUGGCACACUGGGAGAAGAAGUCUAGCCUCAGCCCCAGAGCUGCAAGAUCCGCCCAAAAAGAUAGCUGUGGUCGGAGCAGGCAUUGGUGGUACAGCUGCAGCGUAUUACCUGAGGCAGGAGUUUGGAGCGGCGGUCAAGAUUGAUGUGUUUGAACCUGGCGCAGUUGGCGGGCGACUAGCAACAGUAAAGUUAGGAGACUAUGAGUAUGAGAUGGGAGGCUCUGUGAUCCAUCCUCUGAACCUACACAUGAAGCACUUCAUUGAAAAAUUAGGUAUUCCUCAGAGGACAGAUGUCCCCUCUAAAAUGGCAAUCUUUGAUGGAAAGGAGCUCACGUUUGAAGAGAGUGACUGGUUUAUAGUGAAUUUCUUGCGCAUACUCUGGCGAUAUGGGUUCAACUUUCUUCGAAUGCAGAUGUGGGUGGAGAGUAUUUUGGACAAAUUUAUGAGGAUCUACCAGUACCAGCAGUACAGUUACGCAUUCUCCAGUGUGGAGAGGCUCCUGCAUGCCAUGGGUGGCGAUAGUUUUCUUACCCUAGUGAAUCAGACCCUGGAGGAAGCGAUGAUGGGCGAAGGAUUUUCGCAGAUCUUCCUCAACGAUGUCGUUGCACCCAUCACCCGUGUCAACUACGGCCAAAGUGUCCGCAUCAAUGGCUUCGUGGGGGCAGUGUCAUUAGCAGGAGCAGACUCAGGCCUGUGGGCUGUCGAUGGAGGCAAUAAGAGAGUGUGCUCAGGUCUGUUGUACCACAGCAAAAGUGAGCUCAUCCCUGCCAAAGUGACCUCCAUUUCAGUCAAGGUUCGACCAUCCAAGACAGGCACCACGGCCAGUUUCUACGAGGUGAAUUAUGUUGGAGAAUCCGGCUCAGCACACUCUCUGUACGACAUAGUGGUAAUAGCAACACCGCUUCACCAGGGAAAGUCUGACAUCAGCUUCCCAGGCUUCUCCCCUCCAAUCCCAUCUCACUACCCUGGGCGUUACCACCAGACCGUCUCCACUCUGGUCCACGGCCUGCUGAACAUGUCCUACCUCGGGACCACACAGCCGGCCUCCGAGUUCACCGUGUCCGAAGUCCUCACCAUGGACUCAAAGGACUCUGUCAUCAACAGCCUUAGCUCUCUCGACCCCGUGCACAUCCCCAAGGGUUACAAGCGACCCCCUGCCAGCCAGACCAAAGUGUGGAAGGUGUUCUCCCAACAGCUGCUGUCCCAGGAGCAGUUGCAACACAUAUUCCUCUCCUAUGAUUCAGUGUCCGAGAUGCCAUGGCUGGCUUAUCCUUCUUACCACCCACCGCACCGUAGGACCCCUCCCUUCAUCCUGCACGACCGGCUGUACUACGUCAACGCUGUGGAGUGGGCGGCUAGUGCCAUGGAGAUGAGCGCCAUCUCUGCCAGAAACGUGGCCCUGCUGGCACAUCACCGCUGGCACGGACAGAACAGCAAGAUCGACCAGGAGGACCUGCACACCCGGCUGAGAGGGGAGCUCUGAAAAGGGAGAACCAAAAGCAAUAAAACCCUAUCAAUCGAGUAUAAACCCACAUGCCCGUAAUAACACUCCUGUCAGCGCGAAGCCCAUCUCUGUAAUCAGGUAUCUGGGAUGCUCUGACCUCUUUAAACAUAAACAACAUAGUCCUGGUCAUCGUUUCUACCUUUUACUAAUCAACGUAAUUGCUGAGAUCUGGGAAGCAGUCAAACAGCUUGUAAACAGCAGUUCAACCAGAUUAUCAGGACCGCUUUUUUUGGAAGUAGAUAAUCGCUCAUUGCACAGAAAAACUGCCUGCGCGCACACAACAACUUCAAAUAUGAUAUUUUAAAGUUGAACCAGGGAGUCGUUCUGUAAACUGUUGGUUGUUUAUCAUCUCUUCCAUGCAAGUCUGGCUAACAUGGGGUUUUGUUUCCUUUUUAUUUUAACAAUGUCUCAGCUUUCCCAGAUCUCAGCAGGUAACUUGGUGAGAGUACAUUGGGGGAAAGAUGAAAAAAAAAAACAAAAAAGACCAACCGGCAAUAUCCUUUAAUCACCCUAACAGUAUCCAAAGUUCUCCAUUCACCAGCAACAGCAGCACAAAUUACAUUAUAAGGUGGAUCAACAUUGCACUGUGCUGAAUUUUGUAAUCACUGAACCAUGCUGCACUGCAGGAUAGACACACAUUAGGUGUUCCUCUGUCUACACGAGUGUCUUAAAUACAUGUAUUUUUAGAUUUUGUUAUGUGCAUUUCUGCUGUUAUGAACACAGUACAGCUAACGUCUAGGAAAUCAGCUUUUUGGCCAACCUUCUUUAGCCAAAAUCUUGCGUAAUGUUUGUCAAUAUAGAUAUGUUCUUGUCUUGAUUGAUUUCUCAGUCUCUCUACCUCUGCAGCAGCCCACUGUAUAUGUUUCAGCUGCCAGCAAGAGAGUCACGCCACCAAGACAUGUUCUUUGUAAAUCAGAUGUCGUUGAUGUGAGUUAUGAAAACUAUAAACAAGUCCAUUUUUUUCCCCGUACAAUUUGAUAUUAAUACGACUAUUAUCUAAUCACACUGACGAGGUAACAGAAUUCAGCAUUUUAAAACUAAGAUUGUGCCUUAAAGAUAUCAGAGUAAUUGGUUUACAUCUUUAUUAGAUGAUAAGCCUCCCUAUAAUUUUAGACAUCUUUUGUCCCUCAGGUGUCUUUUUUUUUUUUAACGAUGUGAAAUUUGCCAUCGGGUCAGGCACCAGGACCAAACUGAAAAGAGUAUGAUGCGUUUCUGUAUUUUGUUGUAAUAUAUGGAGGAGAAUCUAUUUUCUGGACUGUGAUUUAUCAGAUGUGGCUUGGAAGUACUACUUUGAUCACUUUCAUGUUCUUCAGCCACUUUCGGAAGAAAAGUAUAGUUUACUAAUUGUUUCUUAAGCACUUUGAGAGGUGUAUUAUCCUAGAUGUUUGAAUGAAGUUUUCUGGUCACGAGUAUAUGCUGUACUGUAGCAAAAAUAUGUAAUAAAUUGUGAAAUUAAUUUGAUAAGUCCCGUUUGAAGAAGCAUGUGGAGUAUUUAGACUGGCUUCUUCUGCACAAAUAAAAUGAGGCCUUUCAUUACAAAUCUAAA